CUCUCUGUAAGAACAUUUUUCUGGAUUUCUCUUCGCUCUAUCUUUUAUUUUCUCCGUUAUGGUUUUUUUAUAUUAUCAGUAGAUUGAUUAACGCAAGACUUAAAUCUUAGAUCUCACCUCCUUCCUUUCCUUGUCUUACAUUGUCUCUCUUUUCCAAACAUGGAAGUCUCAUCAGUUCAACUUCUUAUAAUACUCUUCCUUCUUUCCCUUUGGAUCUACCUCUACGUUAUCACCUCUUCACAGAAGAAACCCACCAACAAGGGCUUCAAAAUUUACCCUAUAGUAGGGGUCUUACCGGAAUUCAUAAAAAACCGUGCCCGUGUUCAUGACUGGUUCACUGAAACCCUCAGCCAUUGCCCCGGAAACACUGAUGUCCUUCGCCUUCCAGGCAUAGAACCUGGUAUAAUCACUGCCAACCCUUUGAAUGUUGAAUACUUUCUCAAGACCAACUUCGAGAACUACCCGAAAGGGGAACUGCUUACUACCACGCUUGAAGACUUCCUUGGCCGAGGAAUCUUUAACUCGAAUGGUGAGCUAUGGAGGGUCCAAAGAAAGACUGCUAGCUAUAUGUUCAACACAAAGUCACUUCGAAAUUUUGUCAUGGAUAACGUGGUGGUUGAAAUUUCGACGAGGUUAGUUCCAAUUCUUGCAAAAGCCUCGGAAACAAGACAAGUACUGGAUUUGCAAGACAUGUUGGAGAGAUUCGCAUUUGAUAACAUUUGUAAAGUGGCUUUUAAUGUUGAUCCUGCUAGUCUUGGCGGCGAUAGAACUGACGGCAGUGAGUUUAUGCAAGCAUUUGACGAUGCUGCCGCACUUAGUACAGGGAGAUUCCUGUGCUCUCUUCCACUUCUUUGGAAAUUCUACAAGUUUUUCAACAUUGGGUCCGAAAGAAAAUUGAAAAAAUCAAUUAAAAUUGUCCAUGAAUUCGCCGACAAGAUCAUACAGUCUAGAAUGGAACAAAAGAUGGAAAAAAAAGAUGAAGAUUUACUAUCCCGGUUUAUAGGAAAUGAUGAGUAUUCGAAUGAAUUUCUCCGAGAUGUUGUCAUAAGCUUCAUUCUUGCAGGGCGAGACACAACAUCUUCAGCUUUGAGUUGGUUCUUUUGGCUAUUAUCAUUAAACCCGGAUGUGGAAAGUAACUUAUUAAAGGAGCUUGAAACAAUACGGUCACGCAACCGAAAAAAGAUCAGCGACGCUUUCAGUUUUGAGGAGCUCCGAAACAUGCAUUAUUUGCACGCAACAAUAUCAGAGACAUUAAGAUUGUACCCAUCAGUACCAGUGGAUAUCUUGGCUUGCAGAAGUGAUGAUGUAUUGCCGGAUGGUGCAUUUGUCGGAAGAAAAUGGUUUGUAGUAUACUGUGCUUAUGCCAUGGGAAGAAUGGAGAGUAUAUGGGGCGAGAACUGCCUAGAGUUUCUGCCUGAAAGAUGGCUAGAGAAUGGAAUAUAUAGGCAAGAGAGUCCAUUCAAGUUUCCGGUAUUCCAUGCCGGACCAAGAAUGUGUCUCGGGAAACAUAUGGCUUAUAUUCAGAUGAAAUCAAUAGCAGCAUCAGUGAUUGAGCGGUUUAAGAUAGAUGUACAAAAUUUAAAGUGUCCAGAGCAUGUCUUGUCAUUAACACUUAGGAUGAAGUCUGGGUUGCAGGUUAGGGUGAAGGAAAGAUGAGUGGUGUUGGAAAAAAGAAAGAAAUAGUAUAAAUAUGUCUUAUAAAAUUGACAUGACUUGUUG